AACUGCCAUCAAAUGCUAAAUUCCCGAUUCUCCUCUGCGGAAAGAGUGCGCUGACGAGAUUGAUCAUUUCCGAUGUACACCAGAGAGUUCUCCACGCUGGCGCUAGUCACACGCUUGUGGAAUUACGUAAACGCUUCUGGGUGACACGAGGCAGAAAAGAGGUCACGAAUGUAGUUAAUCAGUGCAAGGUAUGCAAACGGUUUGAGGGUGGCCCCUUUGCAAUGCCCAAGUUCGCACCUCUCCCCAAAGAACGGGUAACCCGCAGCGCACCAUUUGUCAGGACUGGCAUUGAUUACUUUGGGCCCCUGACUGUUAAAGCCAAUGGAGAAAACAAGAAAGUUUGGGUGGUACUGUUCACUUGUCUGGCAACACGGGCGUUGCACUUAGAGCUUGUACUAGAUAUGACUACUGACAGCUUUCUAAUGGCGUUUAAGCGAUUCGUCGCUCGCCGCGGUACACCGGCUACAAUCGUGUCUGAUAAUGCUAAACAGUUUAAAUUGGCAGACGUCACAAUGGAGCAAUUGUGGAAAUCCAUUAAUACCAAUGCGAAUGUAUUCUCGACACUUGCCACUAUGGGUAUUGAAUGGCGGUUUAUCGUUCAACUAUCACCAUGGAUGGGAGGGGUGUAUGAACGCCUCGUCCAGUCCGUAAAGCGAAUGCUCAGGAAAUCCCUCGGUAAACGAAUUCUAAAGGCCGAGGAACUUUGUACACUGCUGACAGAAGUAGAGGGAAUUCUGAACAGUAGGCCUCUCACGUAUGUGGGUGAGGAUUUCAAUGGGUUUAUCCUCACACCAGCGCACUUCUUGUGCCUCAACAACACUCUAACACUGCCGGGUGAGCAGUUAGAUACGAAUGAUCCAGAUUUCUGUGUCAAAGCCUCUGGUGAUUUACUUCUCCAGAAGUUCAAUGUAUGUCAGCAGCAGCUGAAUCGCUUCUGGCAAUUAUGGCAAGACGAGUAUCUAGCAACACUGAGAGAGCGUGGCGAUUACCAGCUACGACAAGGACGUAUUCGUGCCAAUGACGAGCCAGCAGUUGACACAGUUGUCAUCAUCCGCGAGGAAACACUGCCCCGAAUUAGCUGGCCAAUCGGUCGCAUUGUGAAACUGCACGAAUCUUCAGAUGGUGAGACAAGAUCCGCCACCAUUCAGCUCCCCACUGGUAGGACAGUCAGACGGUCACUAUGUCAUCUUUACCCUCUGGAAUGUCCAUCAACACCAGCACAGGUGAGUAGUGAACCCGAACCAGUACCGGCGACUGAGAGUGCAUCCAGUAGUGACGCCACCGGCACGACUCGGCCCAAGCGGCACGCAGCAGCUCGGUUUCAAGAACAGCUAGGUGAGCUUAUACGAGACGGAGCAGUUUAGUAACAAGAAUGAGUGCACUGGAUAGUAAGCUAUACUAUGAUGGUCUGAACAUGGUCUGAACACUUGUACAUCCAGGCACAAACUCACACAUGCAUACACACAUACACACACACACUUAUACACUGUAUGUACAUACACAGCAUGAACACGAUUGCCUUCUGAUCUUUGUUAUGAACAUGCUGCUUAUGCGAACCUCCUUUGCUACAUAUACUGCAGCAUACAUGUUUUAUUGGAGUAGUUUAAAAGUAGAUUGCCUUAUUUCCGAAGGUGAACUUUCAAGAUGAGUAUUCAGAUGCAUGAACAGUAAGUGGAUCUGAAGAUGUAACUAGUGUCAAUAUAUCAUGCAGUCAGUCAGUAUAGUAACGGUAUCAUUGAGUCAAGUUUGAUACAGCUCUCCCACCAGUACGUCGUUUAGGUACCGUAGAUCAUUUUCGGCACAGAUUUGUAUUCAUGAAUUUCAAGGCUGACAGUAUUCGGAGCUAUUUACAUUGCAUGUUCCUUUCUUGACAUUCAGUUCAUUGUGUAAAUAUG